UUUUAUGUUGAGUCAGCAGAAAACUUGUCAGUGGGCAGGGCUGCUUGCUUGGUGAUGCUGAGUCAGCACAACUGUGCCUCACCAUGUGGCUGUGUUUCAAGCCACUGUAAAGAGAUGGAUUUUGCUAGAAAACAGCUCCAAAAGUAUGGUUGGAAAGAAGGUCAAGGGCUUGGCAAAACUGAGAGUGGUAUAGCUAAACCAAUCAAGGUUGGAAUCAAGAGAGAUCAUGCUGGUGUUGGAGCUGUUCCUGGGGAGGAAUAUACUAGCGACUGGUGGAGCAGUCUCUUCAACAAGGCUGCCAGUAACAUAUUAGUAGUUGACGGACAGGAUACUGUGGAACUGAAGACAGGUGCAGAUUCUGGUGUUUGCCUCAAGAAGAGACACUACGGCAAACAUCGUUCAUCUCUCCUAUACGGAGGGUUUGUAGACGCCGCUACAAAGUCACAUGAUGUAGGUCUAGUGACGAAUGAUAAGGACUUGAGCAAAGAGGUUGUGCCAAAGAAAUUGAUUCAAGAGAGUAUCUCCGAUGAUGCUUUAAUUCGCGCUUGUGAAGGACGAACUGGACACAAGGCUGCCAGACACGGAUUAAAACUGUGUGGAAAAUUAAAGAGACUGAGAGAGCAAGAGGGAAAGCAAACUGAGAUGAUACAUAAGAAACAAAAAACACACAAGUGUGAACACUUUCUCAAUAGAACUGAAUCUUUUUAAUCUAGCGAUUCUAUUAUUUUGUUCUUAAAUAUUAUUUAUUGACGAACAGAAAUCAUUCACUCUAGGAUCGAUAUCAUGGAAGUAUGAUAGGGAAGUAAUUUAAUUGAUAAUUAUAUAAAUACCA